CAGUUUUCAGCGGUGGGAUAUUUUUUUUUCGGGCUAUGAAGAAGUAGCUUUCCUUGAAUAUUGCAAAAGUGCAGAGCGAGAUUGCCGCCAUCAAACAGAAUUUUUGGCACGUUGUGCUCAUGAUUUGAAUUUGGAAACCAAAACCUUCAGCUUCGCGCCCGUCUGGCAGUAUUGGAAAAGGAGAACGAGAUCGCGAUCGAGGAAAAAGUGGAAUGGCAGCAGGAACGCGCGUGUUUGCUGCACCAGAGUGCCGUGUACCGGCGCCAGUUCGAGGAGCUACAGGAGGAAAGGAAAGCACAGGAAGAAAAACUCGCUUUCGAACGCGAAACGCUACGAGCUCUGGCCACCGAAGAACUUCUACCGAUUGCUGCGGACUUCGCGGAAGAGACCGUGGACCGGGAAGAACCAGAGCAGAAUCAAGUCAGCGCAGUCGAAGCAAAGAAUCUCAAAACUGACGAAGACCGAUCGCUCUUGUCUCCGUCUGGG